AUGGUGCUGGGCUGCUCGGCUGCCUUCACGGACCUCCUGCUGCCGGGCCCCGAGGAGCCGGUGGUCAACGUGGCCGUGGUGUUUGGGGGCACGUCCUACCCCCUGCACAUCCGCUCCCGCCUGAGUCCCCAGAGCUUCCUGGACAUGCCCCUGGAGAUCCACCCCAUCACCGUCAUCGUCAACAACACCAACCCCAGCACCCUCCUCACCCAGAUCUGUGACAUCCUCGCCAGCCACAAGAUCCACGGCAUCGUCUUCGAGGACAACGUCGGCACGGAGGCCGUGGCCCAGAUCCUUGACUUCAUCUCCUCCCAGACCCAGGUCCCCGUCAUCAGCAUCAGCGGGGGAUCUGCUGUGGUCCUGACCCCAAAGGAGCCCGGCUCGGCUUUCCUGCAGUUGGGUGUCUCCAUCGAGCAGCAAAUCCAGGUGAUCUUCAAGGUGCUGGAGGAAUACGACUGGGGCUCCUUUGCCGUCAUCACCAGCCUCUACCCGGGCUACAACAUCUUCCUGGAGGUCAUCCGCUCCUUCACGGAGGCCAGCUACUUCGGCUGGGAGCUGCAGGAGGUGCUCACCUUUGAGAUGAGCCAGGAGCGGAGCAGCUCCAGGACACAGCGGCUCCUGCGGCAGAUCGAUGCCCAGGUCAUCAUCGUCUACUGCGCACGGGAGGAGGCCGAGUACCUCUUCGCUAUGGCGGAGCAAGCCGGCCUUGUGGGGCCGGGCUAUGUCUGGAUCGUGCCCAGCCUGACGGUGGGCAACAUGGAGGUGCCACCCUCCUCCUUCCCCGUCGGCCUCAUCAGCGUGGUGACGGAGAGCUGGAAGCUGAGCCUGCGGCAGAAGGUGCGGGAUGGGGUGGCCAUCAUUGCCAUGGGGGCAGCCAGCUUCUUCCAGGCCCACGGCUACCUUCCGGAGGUGGGACGGGACUGCCGGGCUCCUGCCGGGGCCACUGCUGCCAACACCAGCUUCUACCGGCACCUCCUCAAUGUGACGUGGGAGCACAGGGACUUCUCCUUCAAUGAAGGCGGCUACCUGGUCAGGCCCACCAUGGUGGUGAUCUCGCUCAACCAGCACCGGCUCUGGGAGAUGGUGGGCAAGUGGGAGAAAGGCAUCAUCCACAUGAAGUACCCGGUGUGGCCCCGCUACGGCUCCUUCCUGCAGCCCGUGGCCGAUAACCGCCACCUGACGGUGGCCACGCUGGAGGAGAGACCCUUUGUCAUCGUGGAGAACACGGACCCCAGCACCGGGGUCUGCGUGCGCAACACCGUGCCCUGCCGCAAGCAGACCAACUCCUCCCAGAGUGGCGAUGGCCUCGUGGAUCCCUACACCAAGCUGUGCUGCAAGGGCUUCUGCAUCGAUAUCCUGAAGAAGCUGGCCAAGGCGGUGAAGUUCUCCUACGACCUCUACCUAGUGACCAACGGCAAACACGGCAAGAUCGUCCGCGGGGUCUGGAACGGCAUGAUUGGUGAGGUGUACUACAAGCGUGCAGACAUGGCCAUCGGCUCCCUCACCAUCAACGAGGAGCGCUCCGAGAUCGUGGACUUCUCCGUGCCCUUCGUGGAGACGGGCAUCAGCGUCAUGGUGGCCAGGAGCAACGGCACCGUCUCCCCCUCUGCCUUCCUGGAGCCCUACAGCCCAGCCGUGUGGGUCAUGAUGUUCGUGAUGUGCCUCACCGUGGUGGCCGUCACCGUCUUCGUGUUCGAGUAUUUCAGCCCCGUCGGCUACAACCAGAACCUCACGAGCGGCAAGAGGCCGGGAGGUCCCUCCUUCACCAUCGGCAAGUCGGUGUGGCUGCUGUGGGCUCUGGUCUUCAACAACUCGGUGCCCAUCGAGAACCCCAAGGGCACCACCAGCAAAAUCAUGGUGCUCAUCUGGGCCUUCUUCGCCGUCAUCUUCCUCGCCAGCUACACCGCCAACCUGGCCGCCUUCAUGAUCCAGGAGCAGUACAUCGACACCGUGUCGGGGCUGAGCGACAGGAAGUUUCAGAAGCCGCAGGAGCAGUACCCCCCCUUCCGCUUCGGCACCGUCCCCAACGGCAGCACCGAGAGGAACAUCCGCAGCAACUACCCCGACAUGCACACCCACAUGGUGAAGUACAACCAGCGCUCUGUGGAGGACGCCCUCACCAGCCUCAAAAUGGGGAAGCUGGACGCCUUCAUCUACGACGCGGCCGUGCUCAACUACAUGGCGGGCAAGGACGAGGGCUGCAAGCUGGUGACCAUCGGCAGCGGGAAGGUGUUCGCCACCACAGGCUACGGCAUCGCCCUGCAAAAGGACUCGCGUUGGAAGCGGGCCAUCGACCUGGCCCUGCUCCAGUUCCUGGGAGACGGCGAGACCCAGAAGCUGGAGACGGUUUGGCUGUCGGGGAUCUGCCAGAAUGAGAAGAACGAGGUGAUGAGCAGCAAGCUGGACAUCGACAACAUGGCUGGGGUUUUCUACAUGCUGCUGGUGGCCAUGGGGCUGAGCCUGCUGGUCUUCGCCUGGGAGCACCUCGUCUACUGGAAGCUGCGUCACUCUGUCCCCAAGUCCCACAAGCUCGACUUUCUCCUGGCCAUCAGCAGGGGCAUCUACAGCUGCUUCAGUGGGGUGCAGACCCUGGCGAGCCCCGGGCGGGCGCCCACGCCUGACGUCACCGCCAGCUCGGCCCAGGCCAACGUGCUGAAGAUGCUGCAGGCGGCCAAGGAGAUGGUGUCGACGGCCAGCGUGGGCGGCUCGCUGGAACAGGCCACCCGCACCAUCGAGGACUGGAGCAGCCGCAGUGAGCACCUCCAGACCACCUUCUCCCUGAGGACACCCCAGCUCGUGGUGCAGAACAGCACCGGUGCCCACCGGGCCCCCUCCUCCGGCCCGGCCCCCCCUGAGAGGCUGGGGAGAGCCUGCGCUCCCAAGGGUGCUCCCCUGGGGCUGCCACUGCCCCAGCCCAUCCCCGUGGACUCCCGGCUGCCUGCAGAGAAGUGGAGAGGGGCGAAUGAGCACGUCCCCCGCCUCCUCCACCCCCUGAAGUUUCGGGGUGGCUGUGUGGGGGAUGAAGCCCUCCCCGGGACCUUCCACCACCGGACAUCUACAGGGAGCACAAGCAGCCGGCGGGGCGAGGGAACCGGCUGCAAAACACCCCCCUGCUCCAGGGGGACAGGGGACACGGGGGCUCGGGGACGCUGCCCAUCCUGCCCUCGUGGAGCCUUCCCGAAAGGCGCCAGGACUUGCAGAGCUGGGGUCCAGCCGGCCCGGCUGGAGGCUGCGGUGAUGGAGCAGGAGAAGCCGAGCCGGCGGGCGAGCUCGGCCAGGGUGCCCGGGGAGCGGGGCGAGAAGCGGCGUCCUGGGGGGCUGCGACGCUGCAGUGCUGCCUGCCGGCCCGCCCGUGCCAAUGUGCCCGAUCUCUUCCCCGAAGCCGAGGCCGGCUACGGCUGCGGCCCCCGCUGCCCACAGGUCGCUGGCCGGCUGGCACCACGCUCGCCCGUGGCCAGGCUGCCGUCCUACCGGGAGGCUUGCUGGCAAAACCCCCGCGCCACUGCCACCGUGCCAGCGUGCACGCCGUACGCCUGCAUGAACUCCUACACCAACCUGCCCCUCCACCUGGGGCACCUCUCGCCCCGCGAGCACCCUGGGGCGCCGGCAGGCUGCGGCCGGGGGGCCGGGCACUGGGACAGCGGCUGCAGAGACUGCGGGAGGCGCGGGGAGCCGGCCUUGCUGCGGCCGGCGGGGACGGAGAGGAGGAACACGGUGGUGGCCCGCGGGGUGAUGAGUCCCUGUGCCGGCGGGUCCUGGCGGCGGGUCUCCAGCCUGGAGUCGGAGGUGUGA